CAACGCAGGCUGUGCUCUGGAAAUCGGUGCGGGGAGCCAGAGCGACUUCGGGGAGGCGACCGUAGUCAGCGCCCUGAGGGCAGCCCCAGGAGGAAAUCUACUGAGGAUGGUUUCAAGAUGUAGAAUCCUUAUACGUGAGGUAUCCAAACGAAGUUGAAGAAUCACCUACUGAAAGUGCUUCCUGUUGUGAGAGAAACAUUCCAGAGAACUUCUUGGGGCAUUCCAACUGAGUAUUGCAGCUUUUUCUGACUUGUCCUGAGCUUCUGAAUUGUGUUGCUGCUUGAUGUUGGCCUCUGGACUGGACUGCUGGUAUCCUGACAACUGAGUUUGGUAAUCCCCUAAAGACUCAUCAACCCUAAUCAGCAGGAAGUAGAUGGAAGAGGUCUACACACUAUACAUUUAACACUAAUUGUAUUGAAGAGUGACACAGGAAAAUAGCACCAUGAGUUCUGGAGGCUUCUGUGGAUUUUUAAUCGCAUGAGCACAGUAUGAUAAUUAAAAACAAGAGGUCCUAAGAGGAAGAGCCUAGGUGGCCACCAGCAGUAUGAGGAGCCCAGUAGGAAUUGAUGAAGUGAAAGAAGCAAAAUGCAGUUUUCAAGGCAUGUUUCAAGCGGUUGGCUUAUGGGACUUUGAGAGAUUCUGCCUCCUGUGAUGUGCUGGAAUUAUCAUGAUCAACUACUCAGUUUGGAUUUCACCCAGUGGUCAUGAGCUUUGUCUGGUAGACAGCAAGGGUUGGAUUUUUAAAAAAGAGCAAAGCAGGUAAAUGAAGAAAAUCGUAUCUGCGACCUGGGCAUGGUUCAAUGGAUAAGUGAGAUUGCAGUGAGAACAAGAAGACCUGAGUUCAAAUUGCCAGCACCCACGACAUUACCACCACUAUUCCUUCUACUCAGUUCUUUAAAAGACAGUCAACAUACAGGCCCAUAACCAAGGUGUAGACUAAGAAGUGGAGUCAUGCUUCACACGGCCAUACCAUGCUGGCAGCCAUUCCUGGGUCUGGCUGUGGUGUUACUCUUCCUGGGUUCCUCUGUUGGCUGCCCUGCUCGCUGUGAGUGCUCUGCCCAGAACAAAUCUGUUAGCUGCCACAGAAGACGCUUGAUUGCCAUCCCGGAAGGCAUUCCCAUUGAGACCAAAAUCUUGGACCUCAGCAAAAAUCGAUUAAAAAGCGUAAACCCCGAAGAAUUCAUAUCCUAUCCCCUGUUGGAAGAGAUAGACUUGAGUGACAACAUCAUUGCCAAUGUGGAGCCUGGAGCAUUUAACAACCUCUUUAACCUCCGCUCCCUCCGCCUGAAAGGCAAUCGCCUUAAGUUGGUCCCUUUGGGAGUAUUCACGGGGCUGUCCAACCUCACCAAGCUUGACAUCAGUGAGAAUAAGAUUGUCAUUUUGCUGGACUACAUGUUCCAAGAUCUCCAUAACCUGAAGUCUCUAGAAGUGGGGGACAAUGAUCUGGUUUAUAUAUCACACAGGGCCUUCAGCGGACUGCUUAGCUUGGAACAGCUCACCUUGGAGAAGUGCAACUUGACAGCGGUACCAACAGAAGCCCUUUCCCACCUCCACAGCCUCAUCACCCUGCAUCUGAAGCAUCUUAAUAUCAACAAUAUGCCUGUGUAUGCCUUUAAAAGAUUGUUCCACCUGAAACACCUAGAGAUUGACUAUUGGCCUUUGCUGGACAUGAUGCCAGCCAACAGCCUCUAUGGUCUCAACCUCACGUCCCUUUCCAUUACUAACACCAACCUGUCCACUGUCCCUUUCCUCGCCUUCAAACACCUUGUGUACCUGACCCACCUUAAUCUCUCCUACAAUCCCAUCAGCACUAUUGAAGCAGGCAUGUUCUCUGACCUGAUCCGCCUACAGGAGCUUCAUAUAGUCGGGGCCCAGCUCCGCACCAUUGAACCUCACUCUUUCCAAGGGCUCCGCUUCCUCCGUGUGCUCAACGUAUCUCAGAACCUGCUGGAAACAUUGGAAGAGAAUGUCUUCUCCUCCCCUAGGGCUCUGGAGGUCCUGAGCAUUAACAACAACCCACUAGCCUGCGACUGCCGGCUCCUCUGGCUCCUGCAGAGACAGGCCACCCUGCAGUUUGGGAGCCAGCAGCCCAUGUGUGCCGGGCCAGACACCAUCCGUGAACGGUCCUUUAAGGACUUCCAUAGCACUGCUCUUUCUUUUUAUUUUACCUGCAAAAAACCCAAAAUCCGUGAAAAGAAGUUGCAGCAUCUUCUAGUGGAUGAAGGACAGACGGUCCAACUCGAGUGCAAUGCCGAUGGAGACCCACAGCCAGUGAUUUCCUGGGUGACACCCCGAAGGCGUUUUGUCACCACCAAGUCCAACGGAAGGGCCACUGUGCUGGGUGACGGCACCUUGGAAAUCCGUUUUGCCCAGGAUCAAGACAGUGGCAUGUAUGUUUGCAUCGCUAGCAAUGCUGCCGGAAAUGACACCUUCACAGCAUCUCUCACUGUGAAGGGAUUCACUUCAGACCGAUUCCUUUACGCAAACAGGACCCCUAUGUACAUGACCGACUCCAAUGACACUGUUUCCAACGGCACUAAUGCCAAUACCUUUUCCCUGGACCUUAAAACAAUACUGGUAUCUACAGCCAUGGGCUGUUUCACAUUCCUGGGAGUGGUUUUAUUUUGUUUUCUCCUUCUUUUUGUGUGGAGCCGAGGAAAAGGCAAGCACAAAAACAGCAUUGACCUUGAGUAUGUUCCCCGAAAAAAUAAUGGUGCUGUUGUGGAAGGGGAGGUGGCUGGACCCAGGAGGUUCAACAUGAAAAUGAUAUAAGGUCCCGCCACAUACUGCUGUCUCUGUGUCUCUGUGGGUAAUGAGUAAGACGUCUGGCAUAGUCAAUCAAUCCCAAGGUUAUCGGGCAGCUUCAUGCAGCUGCCCCUGUAUGAAAGCAGGGUCCAUGGAAGCAGGAAGACUUCUCGUGGAGACUGGCUGAUUAGAGACAGGCAGGCUUGUGUCAGAGCCCUUCACACGGUGGGAUUCUAAUUGUUUGCAUUGCAAAUAUUGGCAUUCUGGGGAUCUCAGUAAUGAACCUGAACCUUUGGCUCACGCUGAUGGACAAUAAUUCAACAUUUUCUACCACUGCAAAAACAAAAGAAAAAAAUUAAAAAGAACAACCUACAGUGUAGGAUUUACAUAUUAAAGACACAUUUGUCUAAAACAUACUCUACGGUAAAAUUUGUAUUUAUUAUCAUUUGUUAAAACCUUGCAUCAUACAAUACUGUUGGUUCAGCACCAAAAAGAGAUGAAUAUAUUCUUUUUUUGAAACAUAUAUGCUGUCUUUGUUUUGAAGCAAUAUGAAUGAGAGGUUGUGCUUUUAGCUACUCACCAGUAUAGCUCCACGCGUGGUAUCACCUUCCUUUCGCCCACAGAUGAACCUGAGAAUAGAUCCCUGGAGUAGUAGGCAGAGAUGUGUUGAGAUGUAGAUGUCUGAUGUAGGAUGCCAAGAAACAGCACCCAAGUCAAAACUGCUCAGCUCUGUUAACUUCUGUUACUAUAAAUAAAGGCAUGUGCCUAGUUUUGAUACAGAAUGGAAUAUUUUUUAUACAUACACUACCAACCUGGACCAGUUGACUGUAACAG